UUGGACACGACAAUAAAGAGCCUAAUUAUGAUUGGACAGGCAGUGUGUCUCCUGAGAUCAGGGGUUGGCCCCUCUGUUCUCACGUGACCUAGGCAUAUAAGAGCGGACUUUUCUGGGCACACUUUAGGGUCGGUUGUAGGACUUCACGCGUAGUCGCUCGCCCGGAGUUUCCUUUUGCUCAAGCCAGGAACGUUGUGUGGCCCUCCGUUCAUUGUCGACACGCUUGUUUCACACGACGAAUCAUCCUUGCCUGGUGGUGGCGGCCAUUUGGACGACGGGCAAACACAAAACACUACAAAGAAGAACAGACGCCGGAAGUAACGCUGUGUCGCUGCUGUCUUGUUUCCGCUGGAAAUGGCUAAUGGAAGUUUGCUAUGGCAUCAAACCCGAAGGUCCAAACGGCACCACUACCACGGAGGGAGCUCCUUGUCUAUUGGCUGCUGUCCUUUGGGUCCCAUUUUUACUCUUUUUAUGAACUUCACAGGUUCUCAAAAGAGCAUGAAGCUGGAUUGGAUAGGGAGUUCGUACUGGAAAAAGGGUUUCUUAAUGGCUUUAAAAGGGAUGCAUUGGACUUUGAGUGGACGUUCUGGACCGCUUGGGUUAAGAAGUCCUUUCUAUGGACUCUGAUUGGGCAUGCUGUCAUAUCUAGAUUGUGCAGCGCCCUUUACCCGCAGCUUCGGGUCAUGGCACUCACAGUUUACGGCCUCUCAGCAGCCAGCAGCAUUUUGGGACUUAAAGGUGUGGCUGUUUUGCUUGUGCAUGUGGCUUUGUCUUUCUUCGUGGCCCAGCUCAGAAAGCCCAUUCUGUGUUGGACCUGCAACCUUCUGUUCCUCUGCACCCUUCACAUCAGACAAAUUCAGGACAUUGGGAGAGGCUGGUACGAGCAGCAGGAGGAGUACUCUUUGCUGUUCUCCAGUGUAUCGAUGAAUACUCUUCGCCUUAUCAGCUUCAGUCUGGAGCACUGCGAGAGCCCCGCGGUCCACUCCGACGGCGUCCUGCAGCUGGGGUGGCUUUUGUCCUACACGUUUUACCAUCCUUUCUUCUACAACGGACCUGUCAUUACAUACAACGACUACGUGGAGCAGAUGCAGAGGGCUGUGGAGGAGCGCAAGCAGCACAAAGGAGGCGCUCACUACCUGUUGUUUCGUUCCGCACGGAUCUUGGUGUGGUGGUGCAUUGCCGAAUACAUGAUUCAUGCCAUGUACAUGCACGCCAUCAAGUCCAACGAGACUUACCUGGAGAUUCUGCCACCUUGGGCCUUGGGUGGUUUGGCUCUGGCCUUGGUGCAGUUCUUCUUUGUCAAGUAUCUGGUUAUAUAUGGCCUUCCGUCAAUGCUGGCCACAUUAGACCAGCUCGUCCCUCCUGGUGUACCUCGCUGCGUCAGCAUCAUGUACAGCUUCACCGGCAUGUGGCGGCAGUUUGACAAGGGCCUGUAUCGAUGGCUCCUCAGAUACAUCUAUGUGCCUCUGGGUGGUUCACAUCAUGGAGUGCUGUACAAAAUUUUAUCCACAACGCUGGCGAUUGGCUUCAUUUUCCUUUGGCAUGGUGGUCAUGACUACCUUCAGUGUUGGGCCCUGAUGAAUUGGUUGGGCGUUCUGGUGGAAACUGGCCUCAAGGCUCUCUUUGGCUCGCCUUUCCUUUGCUCCUUUUUGGAGCGGCAUUCCUCUGCGGCAACGAGGAGGCGCUGCGCCGCUCUGCUUUGCGCCUUCUCCACUGCCAUGCUCAUCCUCUCUAAUCUGGUGUUCCUCGGGGGGAUUCACGUCGGCAGGAUCUUCUGGAAGCGCGUUUUGCUUCAAGGUAACAAGUUACCUCUGGGUGGUCUUGGCAUCUUUCCAUUCCGCAGGGUGGUUGAGCAUCUGUUCAGAGGCUGCGGGAGGGCGGGACCAAAGUUUGACGUUGUUUCCUUCAAGUGACGUCGUAGUCCGAAGCGCAGCAUUAUAGAUUUCAUCACUACUGCGUUUUAGCUGUUGUGUUGUCUUGGCCUAUUUUUUCUCCACUUUCAAUUAAGGGCAUUAGGACUUUUCCCAAUCUCUGUAUGCUUUAAAUGUAUUUGUUAUAACACUCAAAUUCCAGUUUUUUUUCUUGUAUUUCAAUAAAGGAGCUAUAGUACACAGUAAAAGUUAAGCAGCCUGUAUUGAGUCUUAAAUAAGUUUAAUGAUAAGCAAGUGUUUUGCAGAUAUUGUUAAGUGUUGAGAAAUAAGGACUAGGUUUUUAAUUUUCUGUCUGCACUCAUUGGGAAAGUGCACAAUAUACAGGACUAUAUGCUAUGCCGAACAUACUGCAUAUUUGUGUGUGUAAAAAGUAGCUGAGACAUGAAGUUCAUAUCAAUGUGUUUUAUUUUACAAGGUCAUUGACCGCCUCCUUAAAAUUUACAAAGUUUUCAAAAGACCUGCCAGAAAGUCCUUUGGACGUGGACGCCUUGACCUUGUAGUUUUUGUUUGUUUGUUUUUUUUUUAAAUAUUUUUUGUGACCCUGUGCG